UCGUGCCGAGGCCCCGCCCACCGUGUGAUAAGAGCUGCUGUCAGCGAGCGGCCGGGGUCAGUGAAAGCUGGAUCUCCACCGAUAAGACAGACUCCGUAUGCACUGUGUGUACCGCGGGUAGAACGUAGGCCGCACCGCACUGCCCGAGGACAUAUCUGUGAUGGCAGUUAUUGAUACAUAUUUUAAUGCUAUACCACUGUUUGGGAUGGAUUGUGGUCAGUCUUCAGAUGCAUAUCUACAAAGGAACAAUCAGCCUGGUUUUGCAGAAUCUCCAAAUCCCUUAUCUCUUGGUGAUCUUAACCAAAGCAAUGAAAUCUCAAUGGCAAAUGCAAUGAACCUUGAUCCAUAUUUCAGUAUGUAUAACCACUGCCCUUCUAGUACACCAUCAGGAGGUUACAUGAAUAUAGGAUAUACACCUACAUUCCAGAACUUCAAAGGAGGAUCAGUGUUUUCUCCAUCUAGUCUAGCGUGUCCUAUUCCUGUUCGAAAGAAACACAAACGACAUGAGGAUAGCUGUGAAUGCCCUUUAAAGAAAAGGAGACUAUCUGAGGCAGCUGAGGUGAAUAGAAGACAAGUGUCUGAAGGAUUAACUUCAUCUGCUAGUACAACUGUGACUGAAACAUCAGAAGUGGCUGGAGACCGUGCCAUUCCAUGCAUUGAUACUCCCUCUUCAGCGCGUGUACAAACACCCCAUAAUGAAGACAUGGAGGAAUCGCCAUGUGAGGCGGCAUGCAAAAAAAUACAAGAUAUUGAAAGCAGAUUAAACCUUGCUGAUGAAGAUAUUGAAUCAGAAACUUCAACUAGUUAUUUACCAACUCUUAUAAUAUCAGAUUUGCUUCAAGAAAGUUUAAAGAAGGGUUUUGAAGAAUCAUUUACCAAAAAAAUGGUAGAAUCUAUGAGUCGUCCAUCUAUGGAGAUUGUUCUUUGGAAGCCUCAACCAGAAUUUCUUAUUGACAAACUUCAGUCAGUUGCUAGAUGUCAAAACAAUGAAACUGAACUGUGCAAUGAUGAUCAUAUCAGACCUGCAAAUCCAUUCCCAAGUGAAUCGCAGGCAACAAUUGAGGAUGAACUUUGUACUUCCAAUCCAGGCAUUGACAUUGAUUUAUUGUGGAAUAUGUGGAGCAGAGAAGAAGAGGAAAUGGAGCUUUAAAUGUCUGCUAAUGGGAUGAAAUCUUUGUG